UGGGAGACGACAAGCGUACCCAUCACCCUGUACUGCGAUUGGUUAGGGAAAAAGUGAAACUUAAAGUUGUGGAGUUGCAGUGAUAUAUACAUAUUUACGGUGCUGUAUAUAUAAAACGUGUCUGUCCGAUUUGAAAGUUGUUUUCGGAAACGUUGCUUCUUGUGUCAGUCCUCCUGCUUUCGUGCUUCCAUUUGCUCGUUGCAAAUAAAAACAGGAUCUAAUGGCGAGUAUCUUCGUCCGGCGUUUCUUUCCGCUGUCGACUCGCCUUACAUCCCCGCGGUCGGGCUGUCUGCUUCUGGCCAAGCGAACGGAGGAGACUGCCGCCGGAGCAAGACCUUUCUCCAGUAACCCCCCGGAGAAAAUAAGCCGCUAUCCAGUUCCCUACAAGAAAGACUUGCCGUAUGACAUAGUGGAACUUAUGGAGGAAGUAGAGUCGAAGGGAGGGUUCUUACCCAAUGUCUUUAAAGUCCUCUCUCAUAGACCUGCAGAGUUUCGAGCCUUCUUCUCUUACUACAACGAACUCAUGAACAAGGAGACGGGUGGACUAACCAAGGCAGAUCGUGAGCUGAUUGUGGUGGCCACCAGCAUUCAUAAUAAGUGUCUUUACUGUGUGGUUUCCCACAGUGCACUUCACCGCAUAUACUCAAAGAACCCCACCCUUUCAGAUCAGGUGGUCGUCAACUAUGAGAACGCAGAGCUGCAACCGCGAGAGCGCGCCAUGUUGGACUUUGCGAUGGCCGUGUGCCGCGCAGACACCAUCACAGAGCAGCACUUUAAGUCUUUAGAGCAAGUGGGCUUUGAUUGCGAGGAUGCCUGGGACAUCGCUGCCAUUGCGGCCUUCUUCGCCAUGUCUAACCGGCUUGCCCACCUCACUGACAUGCAGCCGAACCUGGAGUUUUACAACAUGGGCCGCAUACCGCGGGACAAGAGCAAAGACGAGGCGGGCAAAGGCAGCAAGUGACGUAGCAGGCAAGUUUAAUUUGACGGAAGAUAUGAAUCAUAGACUACUUAAACGUAAACCCAGCAAUGCUCUGUUCAAUACUUGGCAUGCAUUGAUGAAAUGGUCACUUUUGGGUAUCACUGUGUCAGAAGACUAAUCCUUCACUCUUUUGUUUGUUAUUCAUUUUCCAGUGCAUACAGUUUUUAGAUUUAGGUUUUUUUUGGUGUGAUAUGUCACAAUAUGAACAAAAAUCAAUAUUAAAAUGUUGUGGUCUGUAUUAGUUUUUCAGCGGAAAGGCAUUUUUUUACAGUGUACUGCACUCUGAAUAAACUACAGAUAUGUU